UCUAGUUGCCUCCUUCCUUUAGACGACACUACUAAAUCUCUAGGGUUUUAGCAACUCUCACCUCUGCCUCCAUAUCCCUUCUCUCUCAACCAUGGACGCCACCGUCACCCCAGCCCCAAUCCCCGACCCGAACGCCGCCCCAGUCGUCUCCUGUUGGAGCAACAUCGUGAAGAAGCAGCCGGACCCAAAGCCCCAAAACUCCUCCGACUCCUCCUCAAUCGCCGCCGGCAAAGUAUUCGUCGAAAGCUGCAAGUCCUCCAAGGGCAUAGCCGUCGCCGUCGUCGACGCCAAUGCUAUCAUUCAAGGCGGCGAGACCCUCGCCCACUGGGCCGACAGGUUCGUCUCCGUCCCAGAGGUCAUGGACGAGGUCCGUGACCCUGUUUCCCGCCACCGCCUCGCCGUCGUUCCCUUCCAAGUUCAGACCAUGGAACCCUCCCCUGAAUCCCUCAGUAAAGUUGUUAAGUUUGCGAGGGCUACUGGGGAUUUACAGACACUGUCAGAUGUGGAUGUUAAGCUCAUUGCCAUGACUUAUACAUUGGAGGCUCAGAUACAUGGCACUGAGCACCUCAGGGACUGUCCUCCGCCGGUGCAUACUGUCAAUGUAAGGAGGUUACCGGAGAAGGACCUGCCCGGGUGGGGAAAUAAUGUGCCUAAUUUGGAAGAGUGGGAAGCGCUGGAGAACGAAGCGGAGGAUAAGUUGAACCCCAGUUCAAGGAUUCUUCCGUUGAAAGAUAUAAACUUGAAUGUUAUUGAGGAUUCUGAGAGCCGUUCUGUUGAUGGUUCUGUGGUGGAAGUUAGGAGUGAUGUUCGUUCUGAGAAUCAGGAGGGUGGUGAGGGCAUUCAGGGGAGACAUAGGAGAUAUUUUCCAAAGAAGAAAGAGAUAAAUAUUGAAGGGAAGAUGGUUUCUGAUGGAAUUGAUGCAUCCCAAGGACAAGCUGAUGAUAAUGCUGGGGAUUGGAUGCCUGCCGUCAGUCGGAGUACACAUAGAAGGUUUUUGAGAAGAAAAGCUAGACGUGAGUCUUAUGAGGCAUCGGCUGAUAAUGAUUCUCAGCAAGAUGCUGAGGAAAACACCAGUGGUGACGUACUUGUAGAUGCUAGGAGCCAGGAUCAAACAUCGCCUUCUAAAUUUGAAGAGGCAUGUUGCAGACCUGUGGAGAGUGAGAUGACAGAAGAGAAGAAUUGUGGUGAUCUUUCCUCAAUCCUUGAGCAAACAAGGCAUGAUGAAGAUUCACUAAGGGCUCUUCAAAAAGGGAAGGAGCAGCAUGGGGUUGAGGAUAAUGAUUUCAAAGCAGAGGAAAGCACUUCUGAUAACGGUGUGAAUUUUGCUGUUGAGGGAGAUGAGGUUGAUGUGAUAAAUGAAGGUCUGGAUCACUUGGAGAUCUCAAGUCAUAAUGAUGGUAGUGUUGAUACAUCAAAUGUUAACGAUGAUAGCAGUGAGCAGAGCUGGAUGCUGCGAUCCUUGUCUGAGUCUAGUGUAGCAUGUAUAACAAGUGAUUUUGCAAUGCAAAAUGUUAUUCUGCAGAUGGGUUUACGGUUGUUGGCACCAGGAGGAAUGCAGAUCCGCCAGCUGCACAGGUGGAUUUUGAAAUGCCAUGCUUGUAACACUGUGACUGCUGAAAUUGGGAGAAUAUUUUGUCCAAAGUGUGGAAAUGGUGGUACCUUGCGCAAGGUAGCAGUUACAGUGGGUGAGAAUGGGAUUAUUCUUGCGGCACGUAAGCCUCGGAUCACGUUGCGUGGCACAAGAUUUUCACUUCCUUUACCUCAAGGUGGAAGAAAUGCCAUUACUAAGAACCCUGUUUUACGUGAGGAUCAGCUCCCACAAAAGUACCUUCAUCCAAAGACAAAAAAGAAAGCAAAUAAGCCGGGAGAUGACGACCUAUUCACUUCCAAUGACUUCAUCUUCCGCCACCAUUCUGAUAAAAAGGCUCCUUUGCAGCCUCCUGUAAGGAAGGCAUUAGCUGCUUUCAGUGGAAGGAGGAAUCCCAACGACAAUCAUUAUUCACAUUCCAAGAAUUAAUAGUGUGUUCAACCGUCUUCUGUUUGUGUUAAAAAGACAAAUAUUUCGUUUUAAGAGAUUGUUUUGGAUCCAGUUUUGGUGUUUUGCCAUCAUAAAAAGUGUUAUAAUUUUAGAGCAAGUAUCAGCUUUCUUGUGGAGUUACUUGUUACCUACAUACUAUAAGAUUUUUUUAAUAUGAAUUAGACUAGCAAGCUAGCAUGCA